GGCGACAGGAAUACAAUAUGGCGGCCGGAUCCUAACGCUCCGCAGCCAGGGACCACCGCGAAGGUCCUCGAGCCCGAAGCCACCUCUGGAAGGGAGAAGGCCGGUACCACAGUCUCCUCUUUUCUUUUCGCCCCGGGGCCGCCCAGGGGCUGACGGCGUCAUCCGCGUUCAGGAUGAAGAACUACAAAGCAAUUGGCAAGAUAGGAGAGGGGACGUUUUCUGAAGUUAUGAAGAUGCAGAGUCUGAGAGAUGGGAAUUACUAUGCAUGCAAACAAAUGAAGCAGCACUUUGAAAGUAUUGAGCAAGUGAACAGUCUUCGAGAGAUCCAAGCACUGAGGCGCCUGAACCCACACCCCAACAUCCUUGCGCUGCACGAAGUGGUUUUUGACAGAAAAUCUGGUUCUCUUGCACUAAUAUGUGAACUUAUGGACAUGAAUAUUUAUGAGCUAAUACGAGGGAGAAGACACCCAUUAUCAGAGAAAAAGAUCAUGCUUUACAUGUACCAGCUGUGCAAGUCGCUGGACCACAUGCACAGAAACGGGAUAUUUCACAGAGAUGUAAAACCAGAAAAUAUACUAGUAAAGCAGGAUGUCCUGAAACUAGGGGACUUCGGGUCGUGCCGGAGUGUCUAUUCCAAGCAGCCCUACACAGAGUACAUCUCUACCCGGUGGUACCGGGCCCCAGAGUGUCUCCUCACCGAUGGGUUCUACACAUACAAGAUGGACCUGUGGAGCGCUGGCUGUGUGUUCUACGAGAUUGCCAGCCUGCAGCCCCUCUUUCCUGGUGUGAAUGAACUGGACCAGAUCUCAAAAAUCCAUGAUGUCAUCGGCACACCUUGUCAGAAGACCCUCACUAAGUUCAAACAGUCGAGAGCUAUGAGUUUUGAUUUUCCUUUUAAAAAGGGAUCAGGAAUACCUCUACUGACAACCAAUUUGUCCCCACAAUGCCUCUCCCUCCUGCAUGCAAUGGUGGCUUAUGACCCUGACGAACGAAUCGCGGCUCACCAAGCCCUUCAGCACCCCUAUUUCCAAGUGCAGAGGGCAGCUGAGACACAGACCCUGGCCAAGCACAGAAGAGCUUUCUGCUCCAAGUACUCCAUGGUGCCAGAAUCACCCAGUCACAACUGGUCAUUCUCUAAGGAAGGCAGAAAACAGAAACAGUCCCUGCGGCAAGAGGAAGGCCAUGCCAGACGACAGGGUCCAACCAGCUUGAUGGAGCUUCCCAAACUGAGGCUGUCGGGAAUGACCAAACUGUCAUCAUGUUCCAGCCCUGCGCUGCACUCAGUGCUGGGUACUGGAGCAAAUGGAAAAGUCCCUGUGCUGAGACCCCUCAAGUGUGCCGUUGUGAACAAGAAGACAGACACACAGAAGGACAUCAAAGCUCACCUGAAACACUAUCACCUGCCCACGAUCAACAGGAAAGGGGGCGAGUACUGAACAGCCCGCCACACAGGCGUCCUCUUGGAGAGCAAGGGCUGGCACCAUGGCAGGCGUAGGCCUCUGCGGCUGAGAGUGGGUGGGCCAGAGGCUGCCCCAUGAACUGGUGCUCCUCACACUACAUGGUGGCCCAUGACAUGCUGCCUUGCAGCCUGUCUCUCUCCAUAACCUGGAGCCUUGUGUGUUUGCAGCUCCAAAGCAGCUGCACUGAAUGUUUCAGUUUAAUAUAUUUGUAAAACCACCUCAUGCAAGGAUUUGUUUCAUUUUUCUUAAUGUAAGGAUCUGAGGUGACUUUAUAUGAAAGAACAGAUAAGAUGGGGCAUGGUAGCUCAUGCCUGUAAUUCUAGCACUGGGAGGCAGAGGAGGAAGAGCCCUGGGCUACACAGUGAGCAUCCCAGCCUCAAAAAUACAGAUAAAAGAUAGACCAAAGUCUGUGAGGAGUGGCGGCUUGGUUGAGAGGCAGUUGUGCAUGUUGUACUCAGGGUUUUCCUGACAGGAGAGGCAGGUGAGGCAGGUGCUGUGGCUACGGUACCUCCUAGGAAUGCUGCUGGAGACAGAAUCCCACUGAAGAAGGAAGGCACUGUUACAGUGUCUCAUCCAAACAUCCUCCACUUAGACUGUUCUGAGCCGCACCUUUGUGUCCGCUUUCCUGAGCUGCAGAUGGGCGGGCUGAUCUCUGAGUGCCAGCUUCAAGUGGCGGCCACAUUGUCUUGGCUGCCAAUGCCUAGGCUCCUUUAGAGAUGUCCACCCAGGUGACUGGAUUGCCAGUGUUGCUUGGAGCAAGUAGGAAAGUUGGGGCUCCUUGUGUCCUGGAAAAAGACACUGGGCUAGGGAGACAGUGUGCAGGUAAAAUGCUUGCUGCAUCAGAGGACCUGAAUCAGGUUCCAUGGAGUCUGUGUAACAUCCCUGUAACCCCAUCACUGGAGAAGAGAACAGUACAGAAUGGGAAGAAGACAUGAGGGUCUCUGGGGCUUUCUGGCCCCUAAAGCGUGCUGAACCAAAACCCAGCAAAGCUCCAUGUUCAGUGAGAGUCUAUCCUGUGGGAAUCAAAGACUCAGAAAACAGUAAAUGGCACACUAGGUGUCCUCCUCCUCGGGCUCCUGCACAUGCAUAUGGGUACACACUAGCACACAGUGUGUGUUCUUCCCUCCCACCCCCAGCCUGUUUUACUACAGGGAAGGGAUGGGAACACUAUAAAAACAGCACUGAGUGGACUCAGGGCAAAAGCAGCCAUCAGACAGCUGAACUUGAGCACAGAUCCCCCCUAAGCUCCUUAGGGUUUGCUUUUGCUUUUGCUGUGUGGAAUCUGGGGCCCCAUGCACUCUGGGUAAGCAGGCUUAGCAAUAGCUUAGCCUCUGCUCAGCCCUGGGGAACAAAGGAAUUGAGUAUGCUUUUUUCUCUGUCUUUUCAAAUUUAUACUAUUUAAAAAGCAAAACUUAACACUUCGUUGAGUCUCAAUCUCUGAUCCUCUUCCUUAAGAACUCUACUGACCCAAGCCACCAGGCAGUGACACCACAGGACAAUGUGGGACAGCAGAGGGCAGUAUGGGUGUGGAACAUUGUGGGUAUGGGUGUCCAGACUGGAGAUGAGGCUUAGAAUGGGCAGUGCCCGGGCCUGGUGGUUCUCUUCUGCAUUCAUGUGACGGUCUGGUGUACCCUGGCAUGGAGGAGAGUGUCUGCAGAGAAGGGCUGUCCUGCCUUUGCUGUUGGUUUAGGAGUCUCAGUCCAGUAGCAUUAACCAGGCUCACAGGCAGGCCAGCCCAGAAAGGGCCCAACAAUGAGAGCCAGCAGAGUGGGCCUGACAGAACAAAAGAGGACCUGCAUGGCUGGCAAGCAGGGCUGAGCCUGGGGACAGGAUUGGGGUAGCUGCCCCUGGAAAGGCUGCAGCGAGGACCUGAGAGGAAAGCAAACCUCUCGGCUUUCUCAGCCUCCUGUGCACCUUGCUCCCCUGCCCUGCACAGCGACGGCUGUGAAUCGUCACCAUAGCAUUGGGAAUGGAAAGGCCAACAAGCCUCACCAUUCCCUAACUGGUAUCUGACAUGACUAUAGACACUAGGGUGCAGCGCUCCCUCUACCUCAGAGUGGCAUCUGUCGUCUCGUACAGUACUAGGUAA